UCUGGUUCACAUGAAUGCUUUGUCCACGCCGGUUAAGUGGCAAACGUGUGCAACUUCGAGUAUAUUUUCUCAAUUAUUCAACUAAUUCAUUUACUGUGGUGCUGUGCGGUUCUCGAAAUAAAACGAAAUUGUCGAAAUGUCUGCAUUUUCAUCGUAGGAAGAAUUCUAUUCAGCUUGAUUUCGAGCGAAUGAAACAUAUUUAUGUCCAAAAACAUAUGUAAAUAAAGACAUGUAACGGUUGCGAAAGGAAAUCAAAGUUAUGAGAAAAUAUGCCGUAAAAAGAUUAGUACAAGCGCAAGAGUAAAUAUUUUACAACUGUCUCCCUCAAUAUUGUUUUGUGAACACUAACCUUUUUAUGAAAAGGAGGCUCCAUUGUAUGAAUAUUUUCUGUUGUACGCAGUAUUCGAUAUCAAAGUUUCGUAAAAGUUCUUGAUGAUUCGGCACGUACAAAUGGCUUAGGUUGCAAUAUCUAUAUGUUGUAUGCUUUGAACCGAACCUCUUGGCUGAACAAUGGAUCUAUUAUGUUCGGAAAACAUAGUUUAUGAACCUGAUUCAUCCUUGUAUCAUACAAACAAAAGCCAACCAGAAAUGGCAGAGCCCGUGAUCUUCGCGGAUCCACCAUCAAUAUGUUCAAAUACCGAUUCUGAUCCAGUGCAAAGUCCUUCAAACUUUAACCAAAAUACACUUGUGUGCAAUAUGGAAGAGAUCGUGUAUAUAUAUACAUCGGUGGACUCAGCCGGGAAGAAUGAAUCGCAACCAGAAUUGGAACCACCAACGCAACAAACGCAAUCUCUGCAAAGUUAUUACAUCAGCAACGAAUCGUCACAAUCGUCAGAAUCAUCAUCACAACCACUUCACGAUCGGCUAACUAAAUCGAAUUCAAACAAUUCGACAUCUCCGGUUACCGAUAAUGUUAACACAGCAAUCGGGGAUCCCACAUUGUAUUCCGAUCGGUGUUUAGAAAAUGCACUCAAGGCCGAGGAGAAACACCAGCAAAUUGUCGACACGUACUUUAAUAUCCAGAAAGACAUAACUCCUCCAAUGCGGAAAGUCGUCGCAGAGUGGAUGAUGGAAGUUUGUGCAGAAGAAAAUUGCCAGGAAGAGGUCGUGCUAUUGGCUUUAAAUUACAUGGAUCGGUUUCUUUCGAGCAAAUCGGUGCGCAAGACACAUCUACAAAUUUUAGCUGCCGCAUGUCUUCUACUAGCUUCGAAACUCCGUGAACCCAGCUGCCGUGCUCUCUCUGUAGACCUUUUAGUCGUCUAUACUGAUAACAGCAUCUACAAGGAUGAUUUAAUCAAAUGGGAGCUGUAUGUUCUGAGCCGAUUAGGUUGGGAUCUUUCAUCCGUGACUCCUCUGGACUUCCUUGAGCUUUUAAUGAUGCGCCUGCCGAUAGGAAGCAAAAACUUUCCAGACAUAAACAUUGCAAAAGUAAGGGGACAUGCUCAAGCAUUUAUAUCACUGGCAGCAAAAGAACACAAGUUUGCCAAAUUCUCGGCUAGCACAAUAGCUGCUUCAAGCAUAGCUGCAUCAAUGAAUGGCCUUAAAUGGCAUCUUCGAUCGGGACAUAACUUGCACUUUUUGUUGAGUCUUAUGACUGACUUAACCAGCGUUGAGCAAGCUCAAGUGCAGGAUUGCAUGUUACACAUGGAGGACAUAUUUAAGGAGCACAGUCGAAACUUGCAGCCCUUUCUUGUGAACAUAGAUCCGUCACAAAUGUCAACAUUGUACUACCAGGGUCGUUUUCAAAUACAUCAAAACCAGCACCUAUCCCAAAUCUCAAUUCGAUCCUUGCCACUGCCGAAAACACAAACCGAUUGCGUUGAACAACAUCAGCAGCACAAUUUCGGGACAGCCACGCCCCAUCGAACACACACAUGCAAAAUGCAGGCGCAGGCCCAAAAUGAAUUGCAAGACGUUACAUUUUGAGGAAUCAAAAAGUACUACAUCGAGAUAGGUUUUUAAACUAGGCUUUAAACAGAAAUUUAUAUUACAACAUUUUACAUUUACGUUUUCACGUUUAUAUUAUAUUCCUAUAUCUCUAAGCGCGGUCAAUUACACACGAUUUACAUCUCCACGGAUGUAUUUAUGUACCCAAUUAUAAUUACUAAACUUUGGGUUUUCAUUGUAAUUACUAUAAAUAAUAAUGUAAAAAAUAGUUUUAGAUAAUCAUCAUGCAACUUUAAAAUGGAUAAAACAUUAAAACGAGACUGAUUGUAAACAGUAAA